CACAAGGCGCUUGCGCAUUCAACCGCGCGACGCAAACUGACGCGCACGCGCCUUAUACAUAUAUAUAUAAUAAAAGUGAUAUAAACAAUCAUGCUCGCCGGCGCGCAGAUUGUUGAAGAAAGUAGUGUGACCUAUACGAAGGACAAUGCCAGUAUUGCCUUCGAGGCUGCACAGCCGGCCCAAGGGUCAUCAAAUCAAAGUCAGACCACGCAGAGCUUCAGCACAAUGUCUAAAAGCCAGCCCGUCGACAUCUCCUUCACGAACAUAACUUGCACUGUCAGCUUGGGAUUCAAUAAAGGGUCGAAACAAAUCCUGCACAGUGUGAAUGGACGUUUUCGACCGCGCAAGCUGAUCGCCAUCAUGGGACCCUCAGGCGCCGGCAAGUCUACCCUGCUGGACGUCCUCUCAGGGUACCGCAUCAGCGGCGUCGGCGGUGCUGUGUACAUAAACGGCAGAGGACGAAUUAUGAAAAACUUCAAAAAGAUGUCAUGCUACAUCCAGCAAGAUGACCGUCUACAGGGUUUGCUGACAGUGGGUGAGAACAUGGCACUGGCAGCCGACCUCAAACUACCCACCACUAUGGAUGUAUACGACAAAGGAGAAGUGAUUGAAAACAUAUUAUCGAACCUUGGAUUAUAUGAACAUAUAAAUACACGAGGUUCUCAAUUGUCCGGAGGGCAGAAGAAGAGGCUGUCCAUUGCAUUGGAGCUCAUCAACAAUCCGCUCAUAAUGUUCCUCGAUGAACCAACCACUGGACUUGACAGUUCAUCUUGUACACAAGUGGUACAACUUUGCCAGAAGCUAGCUCAUCAGGGACGCACCAUUGUAUGUACGGUCCACCAGCCAUCCGCCUCACUGUUCAGAGUUUUUGACCACGUAUACGUAUUGGCAGCUGGCCAAUGCCUCUAUCAAGGCACCACAGAAAAAUUGGUACCUUACCUGGAGAAUGCCCGGAUACCUUGCCCAAUAUACCACAACCCUGCUGAUUAUGUAAUCGAGCUGGCAUCAGGCGAAUAUGGUGAAGACAAAAUAAAAUAUCUAAAGUCCAAGACUGACAAUGGUAGAUCAUUGGAAUGGCUCGAUGAACCAGACACUAUACCGAGUAUGGAAGCCCUCAGGAAACUACACCCUCUGUGUGAACUCAGAAACCUGGACCCAGGUUCUUCGGUGGAAGAAACCUCACAAUGGAACCAAGGAUCCGUACUUAUCAGACGAGGAUUCCUGAAAGCGAAACGUGAUUCGACUAUGACUCAUCUCCGCGUUAUGGUAAACAUAGUAGUGGGUCUUAUGUUAGGAGUGCUAUUCAUUAAUGCUGGUAACGAAGGCUCCAGAGUUCUCGACAAUUAUAAUCUGCUGUUUGCCAUAUUAAUGCACCACAUGAUGUCUCCGAUGAUGUUAACUAUUUUAACAUUCCCUGCAGAGAUGUCUAUAUUAUCCAAAGAACAUUUCAAUAGAUGGUAUUCGCUAGGGUCUUAUUAUGUAUCUAUAACUAUAGUGGAUCUGCCAAUUUCUGUAGUGUCGUGUGCUCUAUUUAGUGUGAUAGUGUACACUAUGUCAGGACAACCACUGGACAUGAACCGGUUCUUAAUGUUCUUCGUCAUAUCUUUGUACACAGUACUUGUAGCACAGAGCUUCGGUCUUAUGAUCGGCGCGGCCUUCAAUGUUGUUAAUGGCACAUUCCUGGGUCCUACCUUCUCUGUGCCGAUGAUGAUGUUUGCCGGUUUCGGAGUGACGCUGCGAGAUCUACCUUCAUAUUUGUAUUGGGGCUCUUACGUGUCGUACCUUAGGUACGGACUUGAAGGCUUCAUUGAUGCUAUCUAUGGGAAUGACCGGGAAAAGUUAGAAUGUGAAGAGGCACUAUAUUGCCAUUACAGACUUCCUGAGACGUUCCUCAAAGACAUCGCAAUGGUCCCCAACAUGUUCUGGUGGGAUGUGAUGGCGCUGACGAUCUUCCUCGUCGUGCUCCGGACAGCUGCGUUCAUUCUUCUGAAAUGGAAACUCACUGCUGUCCGGUAAACAGCACCUGCUCUCUACCAAACAUCCUUUGUCAUUCUUAUUUUUAAUUUAAUAUGAAAUUAAUCGAACAAGUACUGAUUGGUUAUAAUAAAUAGGUAAUUAUGUUUUUAAAAUGAUCAAUUGAGACUUAUUACUUAGCUAUAAAAAAAUAUGGACCAUAUUGUUGCUCAAUGAAAUUAGAUGGUAAAUAUAUAAUAAUAAAUUAAAGCAACUAUUAUCUAAAAGUGUACUUUAUGUGAAUUAAAAUGUGAUAAGUAUAUUAAAUUCCAUUAAAAUAAUUAUUUACCUGAGUAUGUGAAAAAUUGUAUAUACGGUGGUGUGUGAUGCAUUUACAUUCUUUAUGGAACAAAACUUUUAUGUAGUAAUAAUGAACAAAGUGUUUUUAAUAAAUGUACACCCAGAAUUGUCAAACAUUUCCAUAUAAUUAAGAGAGGAAUCUAUAUAGAUUCAACUUAUGUAGGAAUAAGAUUAAUCUGCACUACAAAUUUUAAUCGCGCAUUUUUU